UCUCUUUACAAAAUAUAUAUUUAUAUAAAAACCUAAAACGCAGAAGCCGUUGCAAGUAGUAAAAUUAACUCUUCUUCUCUGUUGAGGAAAGGUCUGAUCUUUUCUUAUAAAGAGAAGAGAUUAGAGAUCCACACACACACUACUCAUUAUUACCAUUCACUUUCACUGGCGGCCAACUCCAAAACCCUCCUUUUCUUCUGAAUUCUGAUAUUAUUCUUGACCUGGGUUUUCCUUUGAUGCUAUAUUUGAAUCCUUCGUAUUCGAGCUGCUAUUCUAAUGGUUACUUCUACUCCCGAUAAUGAAGUUCCCAACGCUUCUCCCAUCCCCAAAGAAGUAGAGAAGCCUCCGAUUGAGCCCAUAAGGUUGCCCACUGUUGAGGAAAUUCGCGGCCAAGACAUUUGGAACAACUGUGCUGUUCGUAGUGUCUUUAGUGGAGUCAUGGGUGGCGCUCUUGGGUUGGCCAUGGGUUUGUUUAUAGGUUCUCUAGAUAAUCCUAUAACUCGAGAUGAGAUGAGUGGUAAGCAGCAAUUUGUUUAUCAGGCAAAGCAGAUGGGGCGCAGGAGCUGGAGUUCUGCAAAGGCAUUUGCUGUUAUGGGAUUUGUUUUCUCUGCCGCCGAGUGUGUUAUUGAAAAGGCGCGAGCAAAGCAUGACACAACAAAUACAGUUGUUGCUGGUUGUGUUACUGGGGGUACAAUAUCGGCAAAAGGUGGUCCGAAGGCGGCAUGUGUAGGCUGUGCUGGCUUUGCUGCAUUCUCAGUCGUUAUAGAGAAGUUCUUGGAUAGGCAUGAUUAAGUGGGAUCCUUGCUCCAAUUUUGCAGACACUGAUUAAGGACGAACCAUACGCCAUCGAGUCAGCUAGUUACAGAAUAUUUAUUUUGAUUCAAUCCUCAAAUAGAUUUUUUCCAUCCCAACUGAUGAAGGGAUAGCAACUACAAAUAGAGCAUACUAACUUAAAUGGUUUUUGUACAAUUUAUUUUUCACACAUAUUGUUUUCACCCGAGCCUCAUGGGAGAUUUGAGUGAGUGACAUAAGAAACUUGCAGCUUGCUACUUUUGAAUAAAAUAGUGAAAUGUGCCCUUUCA